AUGGUUGGACGCCCUCGACGGGCGUCUACGUCCAGUGUCGAGACGGUCGACGAGGACCGCAUCCUCUGGCGUCAGGAGACAUCAGUCCUCAGAACCGCCCCAGUGGACAAGAUACACGGCCCAGAGCCGGUCUUUGAGCUUCAGGAUGCUGUGGUGCUCAACAAAGAUGGCCACACCCUUGAGAAUGCGCUUCAUGUCGGCACCCGAGGUCCUUAUAUCAUCCGCGGCACUCUGAUCAUCGACGAACCUGAGCAGAAAACGCACCUGAUCAUGAGAGUUCGACACUCGAUGCCGAUUCAGGUUCCAAAAAGCAACAGAUAUUCGAUCGGAGAGGCUGGAGAGGGCAAUCCCGUCAUCUGGGUCGAGGGCAGAUGUGCUUGGUACGAGAUCAACCCCUCGCCUGCAUACGCCCCCAUCUACAACAAGAUGUGCGAGGCCGCUUUGCUUUACUACCGGAUCAUGGACAUCUACAAGGCCAAGAAACCAAAAAAGGCAAAGAAGGGGAAGAAGGAUCAAUUGAAAGAGCUUCACUCUGUCUUUCACGAGUAUGCUACGCUGAUCGGCGAUGGCUCAACCCUCGAAGAAGUCAUUGAGCGGUGCGACGAGCACGCAGCGUUCUUGAUUUCACAGUGCAUGCAGGAAGAACCCGAUGUAUUCGAAUGGGGUAGCAACCCCUUCUACCAGUGGUUGGUUGCCAAGUACCCAGAACUUGUGGAAAAGGCAGAAGAGCGCCUGAAGAACCCGCCUCCGGUUGCACGAUCACCCUCUGUCGAGGCCAAACCGGUCGCAACACUGGUUGCCCCAUCACUAUUGCCUUCAAGGACUCGGUCAGGCUCCUCAGCCCCCUCAGUCGCUCGGAGCAAUGCCACGCCUGAGCUUAUGGAUGUCCAAGAUAGUCCACCGAGACACCGAUCCACCCGGUCACGUUCAAUCACCCAGCGGGAGACCAGCAGUGUGGUCGACCUGCCAGCUCCAUCCCAGCCACAGAGAAGUGCCCCUGCUAUUAGACAGCCUCCCAGUGUGCAAUCGGUGACACGCACACCUUCAGUCGCCCCAGCGAGCAGCGAGGUGGGAGGACCAGUCAGUAACGACGAGAUAACACCGUUCCAGAGUGUUGUGAAUGGCGUCGAGUGGGUGUACGACCAGAUCGGCAAGAACAAGAAGGGCAUGAUAAUGUUGUCCACUCUCAACAAGCUGUUCUUCUCGUACAAGUUUCCCAACUUCAAGAACGGGGAGAGCGGGUGUCACAAGAUUCCGGUUGAAGAGCUCCUGCAUUACAAUGCCCAAGCACUCCUCCAGGUCCUCGACAAGGAUAAGUAUAGUGGCCACGAGUUCUAUUCUUGGCUGCAGGCCGCAGCUGAAAGGCCAUUUGUGCCCGUCGCUUUGAAGCCUUCCGAUUUGCCCUACCGCCUUGUACCUCGAGGCAGUCGUCCUCGUCCUAGCAAGGCUACGCAACCUCUUCCUGAAGCACAAGGAGUUGUCACUUCAGGCCUGGAAGACGAUCUUUCUAGCACUCCGCGGUCCUCCUCAGCAGGAAAGAGCCUCAGGAGACCAGGUCGCCCUUCCGGCAAGAAAUCCAGUCUUCGUCUGACGACCGGAUCCAAGAAGCGGCUUCACUCUGAUAUAGACAGCGAGUCAGAGGACGAUGAGUCGCGGCCAAAGAGGUCUCAUUGCUUCUCAGAUGGAGAUGAGGAUAUGGAAGUCGAUGCCCAGGCCAGCUCAUCUGACGACGAAGUGCCUCGUGAAGCCUCGCAGGAACCCAUCAAGAUCGUUAUCCGAGCCGACAAGAUUCCUUCAACCGUCCCACAUGGUCCCAACGAGACAUGGGUCUGCGAGGAAGAAGACUGCGGCUACGUCGUCCGUGGCGGCGACGUGCAAGAAUGUCAACAACGCAUACAAAGACACUUCCAAGAGCACGAGGGCCAAAUGGAUCGUGUCAGCCUAGCCAUGACAGAGGGCACUCGAGGUCAUCUACCCAUCAAGUAUGCUUACUUUCCCCCUUUUCUGAUACUGGUUGAGUUCCCUCCCCCGUCACCAGCUACGAACACCACUCCUACUACCACCACCACUACCACUACCACAGCUACCACCUCCUCUACAUUCACUACCACCACCACUUCAGCUAUUAUUACCCAUUACCAACCUCAGCCGCCAUCAUCAUCUCCCAGUAACCCACCGGAGCCUACCGUCCCGACAACUGGCAACUUCAAGUCCCUUGUCAGCCGUCAUCUUAUGGAGAAAUUGAAGAAGUUGGGUGAGAAGUCUGAGGCUUCUCAGCAACUCGCUGUCGACGGAGUCGCUCUCCCGCAGCGCAUCAAACGCAACCUCCUUGUCUGA